AUGAUUAACUUAUCAAAAGUACGUAUCCCGUUUGGCAGGAGACUCGCAUCCCUUGGCGUUAAGCGUUCAGACCGAGUUCUAAUCUACAUGCCACUUAUUCCUGCCAUUGCUGCUAUGUUAGCCACAGUUCGACUUGGAGCAAUUCAUUCGGUUGUUUUUGGAGGUUUUGCAUCAAGAGAAUUAAGAUCACGAAUUAUACAUGCAGAGCCGAAAGUAAUUAUUGCAGCCAGUUGCGGAGUUGAACCAAAUAAAAUCAUUAGGUAUAAAGAAAUAUUGGAUGAAGCGUUAGAUUACCCUGGUUUUAAGCCAUCACGAUGUAUAAUAUUCCAAAGACGAAAUAUACAUGUUUGCACUUUAAAGCCAGAAAUUGAUGUCUGCUGGGACCAAGUUCUCGCAAACGCCAUGCCGCAUCCAUGCGUAUCUGUAGAAGCUAAUCAUCCUCUUUACAUACUUUACACAUCAGGCACAACAGAUGAUCCAAAGGGCAUUCAACGUCCGACAGGUGGACAUUUAGCUGCCUUGGCAUGGUCCAUGAACGCGUUGUACGGCCUUCAGCCAGGAUCUGUGUGGUGGUCGGCAUCAGACCUCGGCUGGGUUGUCGGUCACUCAUAUAUCUGUUACGGGCCCUUACUUGCAGGAAUUACAUCGGUCAUGUAUGAAGGAAAACCCGAUCGCACGCCCGACCCCGGACAAUACUUUCGUAUUAUUCACGAACACCGAGUUAACGCGAUGUUUACUGUACCAACAUCAUUCCGAGUAAUAAAAAGACUUGACCCAGACAUCACUUUUGGAAGGCAUUACAGUACCGAAUCCUUACGAGCUAUAUUUGUUGCUGGAGAACACUGUGACCAUGAAACUAAAACUUGGGUACAAACAGUUUUUCAAGUUCCCGUUUUAAACCAUUGGUGGCAGACGGAAACUGGACACGCAAUCACAGCAUCCUGCGUUGGUUUGGGCCACAAUCUCAAUCCGCCCAACAACUGUGCGGGUAUGCCGUUUCCUGGAUUUGACGUUCACAUUUUGCGACAAGAUGGAACCGAAUGCUUGCCACAUGAGUUGGGCCGCAUAGCAUGUAGGUUACCACUACCACCAGGCACUGCCUCUACCCUAUAUAAAUCUCCUGAACGUUUUCUAUCAGUAUACUUCGAUAAAUACCCGGGAUAUUAUGAUACGAUGGAUGCAGGUUACAAAGACGAAUUCGGUUACGUAUACGUGACGGCCAGAGACGAUGAUGUUAUCAAUGUUGCCGGUCAUAGAUUAAGCACCAGUGGCUUAGAAGAUGUAGUUUUAGGACAUCCUGAUGUAGCGGACGCGGCAGUGGUCGGGGUGCCGGAACCAACAAAAGGCGAAGUUCCGCUUUGCUUGUUUGUCAUGGUGCCGAAUGCACAAAGAGAUGAAGCAACGAUAGUAUCAGACCUGAUUGACAUGGUUCGCAGCCUGAUCGGCCCCAUAGCCGUGUUCCGGCUAGCUGCGUCGGUGCCGGCAUUGCCGCGCACCCGAUCCGGCAAAACCCUACGGAAGACGAUCGCAGAUCUGGCACGCAACAAGCGCGUCUUGCUUCCCGGAACUGUUGAGGACCCCACAGUUUUUAAAGCAAUCAAGAGCGCCCUUCGCCGUCUCGGUUACGCACAUCUUGCGCCCGAUCCGCAAUGAUUGCUUACUUAAAUUUUAAUUAAAUUUAUUGCUGUGGUACAUAGAUCAUUUGUUUAUACCAGAUAUGUAAUUUCAAGUGACUAACAAACUUCGUCGAUUUUUCUGUCUUUGCAAUCUGAUUAUUGCUUUCUGAAAAUUUACGAAAGUACUAUCACUUGAAAUAAAUUUUCUGGUAGCUGCAAACGCAUUCGCUGUUUUAGGAUAAAAUUCGUUUAUAAACUUGAAAAAACGGGCACAUUAAUUGCAUGCAUUUGUAUAAAACUUGUCAAAAUUGGAAAAUUCGUAAUCGGCGCAUGAAAAAAUUAUCGCACACCAAGAUUGUCCUAUAACAGUGAAUAAUAAUAAGCUAGAAUGAAAAAUGUAGAUUUAAUGAAAUAUUUAUGUUUAAGU